UUAUGAAAAUACAGGCAGUCAGCCGUCUCAUGUAAAUAGCAAUGUAAAACUGAGAGCUGUGCCACUUCACUGCGGGGCCCUGGAAACAUGUUCCAGUUCCAUCCACCUGCGAUCUUCCACGCUUCAUAAUAGGAUCCGCACUUUUGCCAAUCCUGGACAUUUUUCAUUCUUCGGAAUUUAUUUUUUCCUGUGGCAAAUAUGGUGCAGAAAAAAAGUCCAGAGAACGGCUUUUACCAAUCAUUUAAGAAUCAAAAUCCGUUUGAGACAGAAGAAUAUGAAGGACAGUCCAGAAACUUGGAGCCUGUGUUUAAUUUUGAAUGCUCUUCCCGUCCUGAUUUGCCAUCUAGUGCUCCCAUUGAUAUUCCUGAUGCCAAAAAGAGAACAAAGAAGAAAAAGCGAUGUAGAGCAACAGACAGCUUUUCUGGACGAUUUGAAGACAUGUACCAGCUGCAAGAUGAGGUUCUUGGUGAAGGAGCCUAUGCCAGAGUCCAAAGCUGCAUGAACUUAAUCACCAACAAGGAGUACGCUGUGAAGAUCAUAGAAAAGAGACCUGGUCAUAGCCGAAAUAGAGUUUUUAGAGAGGUUGAAAUGCUCUAUCAGUGUCAAGGUCACAGCAAUGUCCUUGAACUAAUUGAGUUCUUUGAGGAGGAAGAAAAAUUCUUCUUGGUGUUUGAGAAGAUGUACGGUGGUUCUAUACUAAAUCACAUACACCAAAGGAGACAUUUCAAUGAAAGGGAAGCCAGUUUUGUUGUGAGAGAUAUUGCUGAAGCCUUGAACUACUUGCAUAACAAAGGUAUUGCACAUCGGGAUCUGAAACCUGAAAAUAUCCUGUGUGAAAGUCCUCAUCAGGUAUCACCAGUGAAGAUCUGCGAUUUUGACCUUGGUAGUGGAAUCAAACUUAACAGUGACUGCUCACCUAUAUCCACCCCAGAACUUUUAACUCCGUGUGGGUCAGCUGAGUAUAUGGCUCCUGAAGUAGUCGAGGCAUUUAAUGAAGAAGCAUCAAUAUAUGACAAGCGCUGUGACUUGUGGAGUCUUGGAGUGAUCCUUUACAUCAUGCUAAGUGGCUAUCCACCAUUUGUAGGGCGUUGUGGCAGUGACUGUGGUUGGGAUCGAGGAGAGGCCUGCCCAGCUUGUCAGAACAUGCUGUUUGUAAGUAUUCAGGAAGGAAAGUAUGAAUUUCCAGAUAAAGACUGGGCUCACAUUUCAUCUGGUGCCAAAGAUCUGAUCUCCAAAUUGCUACUUCGAGAUGCCAAAAAGAGACUAAGUGCAGCACAGGUGUUACAACACCCAUGGGUACAGGGGUGUGCACCAGAUAAUACACUCCCCACCCCAAGCAUACUUCAAAGGAACAGUAGUGCCAAAGACCUGACCUCGUUUGCUGCAGAAGCUAUAGCAAUGAAUCGUCAGUUAAUGGAGCAAGAAGAAGAGCAGCAGAUAACAGACUGUUCUGUGGCGUGCCCCACUGUGGUGAAAGCUUCAUCUGGCUCCAUGCACCUCUCCCCUCCUUCUGAUUCUAUGUUGGCCAGGAGGCGACAGCAAGGGAAAGUUUCUCCUCGAAGUAUAGCACUUCUUAUUGUCAGUGAUUGAAUGCAAGUCGGGCCUUUAUUUUGCACAGCUAUAUGAGCACCUGGUACUGAUUGGCUUGUUAGAGGGUGUUUUAUGAAUGUAUUGUAAUUUGUACAAAGACUUGAACAUAUUUUAUAAUCAAAGUCUUUACUUGCAUAAUGAAUGUUUCUGAAAGCUGAAUAUUUUUUGCAAUAGUUAUUUUCCAAAACAUUGGAAAAGAUGGUUGUUUGGAGGUUUGUGGGGGUAAAACUGUGAAUGAAAUGGCAUUUGACCAAGUUAUAGAAUUUAUCUAGUAAGGUUUAUGUAAACCCCAAUGCUUAAACCACAGAUGCUGUUGCACUUCCUUUUAAUGUCAAAAAGUUACAUUUUAUAUAUAUAUUUUUUUGUCUGCAAUCAUACCAGGUGAUUCUACCAGCAUGGUGUAUACUCUGACACUUCUUUUCCUAGGGUGAUAACACGCACUUAUUUCAGUUGCCAUUCUCUCACCCCUUCCUGCGUGCUCCCGAGUUGGACUACAAGCAGCCACACUGACACACAGUGUGCUAGCACAUUCUGCCAUAGCCAUUUAAGUAAAACUGUGAAGUUCAGUUGCUGCUGCAGCACAUGCAUGUCCACGGGACAUUUGUACAAAGUUUACAGGAUAUGCUCAGUACAGGAGACAAAACCAUGAACAAAGUAAGCGGAAAAUAUUUUGUAAACUGUACCUUUUGUACAGUGGUUCUAAAACUGGUCAUACUUGCUUAAGUUGGGUCUCAUUUUUACUAAUGUUAUAUUUUCAGAUUACAGCAUUAAUGUGUGUAGAACAUGAGAUAAACUUCCAGUAGAUGCAGGGAAUAAAAGUGGUUAUAUGAAGACCGCAGGCAUGCAAUUGCAGUUAUUAUAUAAUUGGAUUGCUUUCCACACCAAUGAUAGGUGAUUCAUUUUAACGAGAUGUGGGUCUCUUUGUCAUCCCAUCUAUAUGUAGUGCCUGCCCGCUGUUUUUUUUUUGUGGUUGUCUAGGUCUAUUCUUGCUGCUAGUCAUCCCAUAUAGUGCCUUCCCCCAUCAUAUUUAGAGAAAAGUCAUAUUGGAUAUAUUUCCAAAAAUGGAUGCCAAGUACAGCAAGUUGGCUCUUGAGAGCAAGAAUGCAUAUGUAGUGCUAGCAGCAAAAAAACUACUCAAUAUAAGUACUCCAGACUGCAAAAACUGAUUUAUGGAUGUAGCUGAUGGGUCCCAGCUCCUUUGUAAAAAGAAAAACAAUGGUCUUAAAUACACCAGCAUACUCAGAGGGAAAGGAAAAUCAAAAAAGAAAGUUCUGUUAACAUGCAUUUUACCAUGUUGGGUCUUCUUUAGUGUUUUUGUUGAUACAAGGACUUUAUUGAUAAACUACCAAUUUCCCUUUG